AUGGAAGCAGCAGCAAGCAUAGUUUUAUCCCCUGCUUUGCAAGUGAUCUUUGACAGAUUGGCAUCCCCAACCCUACAAAAGCUUUCUGAUAUGUGGGGUGUCAAGGACAACCGCCACAAGCUACAACUUGCCUUAAAGAAGGUUCAAGCCAUUCUUCAAGAUGCAGAGGAGCAACAAUUAAUCAACAAAUCUGUCAGGCUUUGGUUGUCAAAUCUCAAGAAUGCUGCUUCUGUUGCUGAGGACCUUCUGGACUCGUUUAUCGCUCAAGAAAAUAUAGAAGGCUCUUUGAGGAGUGCUCGUAGAGAUUUCACUAGUAUCAGUUCUUAUGUUACAGAAGGCUAUGAUGCUGAAAGAAUUAGAGAGGCACUCCGCAAGCUAGAAAUGACGGUACAUGACGGGCUCUUUGAAUUUAAUUUUAGAGAGCCUCGUAUAGUAGAUCGACGAUCUACCAAAAGGGAGACUGUCUCUCGUGUGGUCGACUCAAAGAUAUAUGGAAGAGAUGAUGACAAAGAGAAGUUAGUCAAACUGUUACUAUCUUCUGAAACUUCCGAGGAUGGAUAUGCAACCUGUAUUCCAAUAAUUGGUAUUGGAGGAAUUGGCAAGACCACUCUUACUCAGUUGGCAUAUAACGACGAGAGGGUACUCCAACACUUCGACUCUAGAAUCUGGAUUUUUGUUUCUGAGGAAUUCAAUGUCAAGAAGAUUAUGAAGGCAGCCAUUGAGAGUGCAAUAGGAGUUGAAUGCAACUUGUCGGAGAUUGAACUACUUCAGUCUCGGCUUUCACAAUUGCUGCAGAAGAAAAGAUAUCUGAUUGUGUUAGAUGAUAUUUGGACUGAAGACCAGGAUGAUUGGGACAAACUAAGACCUUUGUUUAGUGGGGGUCUUGAUGGAUGCAAAAUCAUUGUCACUACCCGCAGUAAAAAAAUUCCAUUCAUGAUGGAUUUCCCAAAUUCACCAUUUUUUUUGAACGGUUUGAAGGAUGACGAUUGCUGGUCUUGUUCAAGCACCGGGCAUUUGGACGAGGAGAAGAAGAGAAGUAUCCAACUCUUUCGCGGAUUGGAAAGCAGAUUGUCAAAAAAUGUGGAGGUGUGCCUCUCGCAGCAAAAAGUUUGGGAAGUUCAAUGCGUUUGA